GGCCGCCGCCGGCUCGGCGGCGCCGCCAUCGCCAGAACAGCUGACCCAUCGCCUCUAUUCUUGCUUCAAACGAUGCCGGAGUCAGUUGUUGACAAGUACAAUGGAAGUUCUUCGGAAGAGGAGGAAGAAUCGGACGAAGAGGUCGUCCUUCCAAAACGUACGUCACAGUUUCGUGUUGCCUCAAACCCAACUCCAGCGGAGGCAAAGGCAGCCGUGCUAAGUGACAUUCGCCUGCUUGGUGAAAGUCAGCGAGCCAAUGAGACGGUUGUCACACAAGUUGUAAGAACAGAAAAAACAGAACAAGACAAAAGGGCUCUCGAAGAACGAGAGAAAAUGGUUGAAGCACAAAAACUUGCCAGGGAUCAACAAGCUGCUGCAGCUCAAGCAGCCGCCGCCGCUAGGGCGCAGGCACCACAACAACAGGUUCAGCAGAAUGGGACCAACGAUCAGGCGUCAGAGUAUGCGAGACGCAUGGAAGAAGAAAUGCGAAAGAAAGCUGAAGCUGCACGAAAAGCAGCAGAAGAGGAGUAUGCAAGAGCAAAAGCAGCGCAGCAAGAAGCACUUCAGCGAGCACAAGAGCAGGCAAAGAAAGCUCAAGAAGAAGCUUUAGCAAAAGCCCGAGAAGCACUGGCCAAAUCUCAGGCCGAAGCUAAGGCGAAGGCAGAUGCCGAAGGGAGAGCUCAACAACAGAACCAGCAAGCUGAUGCUCAGGCAAGGGCCAAGCAGGAAGCAGAGGCUCGUGCUAAGGCUCAAGCUGAGGCGCAAGCUAGAGCUAAACAGGAAGCAGAGGCUCGUGCUAAGGCGCAGGCGGAAGCUCAGGCUAGGGCAAAGCAAGAGGCUGAAGCUCGUGCUAAGGCUCAAGCUGAAGCUCAGGCUAGAGCUGCUAAGGCUAAGGCAGAGGCAGAGGCGCAGGCAAAGAAGGCACAACAGGAGGCCUUGGAACGAGCCAAGAAAGCUGAAGCUGAAGCUAGAGCAAGGGCACAACAGCAGCAGAAAACGCAACCGCAACAGCAACAACCGCAACAGCUACAACCACAGCAGCAGCAACGGCAACAGCAACAAUUUCGACAACAACAACCACAGAGGCCACAGCAGCAGCAGCAGCUGCAGACACAGACGGUACAGAAGACAACAAUCAACACCACAUCAACAACAGAAGUCAAUCAAAUACCUGUUAUGGGUAAACCAGGGGCUCACACUCCGGCGGUUCCACCAAAGACUGUUCAUUUACAAAACGCAGUUAACAAACAGCCUGUUGCACCUCCUAGGGGUGCUGCCGCCGCGGCUGCACCACAGCAGCCGCUUCAGCCUGUGCCUAAGGUCAAGGCCAAGCCUGAUCCAGUCCCACAACAAAUUGAUAAUCAGCCACAAAAGUUCCCACACCGUACCCCGGGCAGAGUGCAUAACCCCAUGCCAGAGCCGAGAGAAGAGGAAAAACCACAACAGCCGCUACCAAGAAAUACUGCACUCCGGCAAGCUGCGAAGAUGCAAGAAGAACAGCUCGCACAAGAGCCUACUCGACCUCUCGAAAGAGUGCACGCUCCAAAGCCUGGAAUUCGAGCUGAGCACGUGCGAGAACGAUUUAUCGAGAAAGAGCAGCCACCACCGGAAUUACAGAGUGUGCAUCGCAGCGGUCGACUGGCAGGGGCGUCUCGUUGGGAGGAAGAAGCAGCAGCGCGAGAGCACGCAAACGCGAUGGGCUUCGACGAACCUGCACCGACUCCGGUACGGCUACAGGACGAUGCCUGCUGGCAAACUCAACACCGCGUUCCACCAGAGGUGCAGCCACCACAAGUUGGAAAAAUUUCCAUUCCGGAAUUCUCUGACAUGCAUGAAGUACAGCGUACUGUAAUCGUGAACAAGCCACAAAGCUAUCAGAAAGUUAAGUGGAACGAAUUUCCGGAAGAGCAAAUGCCAGAAAUUGGUGUGGCUCCUAAAGUAGCCACACAAGAAUGGGUACCGGUAAAUCAGGAAAAUAACGAACUGCAACGUACCCAGUAUCGUCCAGGCAAAAUCCAACCUGUUUGGCCACCACCACAGGAGGAGAUUGUCAAGGAAGCGCAGCCAGUUCGUGUGGUCAAGGCUGGUGAUGAUCAGGGAUGGAUUCAGCAGGAUCCUAAUGAUGUUAUCAAAUCGGCCGCAUGGCAGCGAAAUUCGAAAAUCGACCGGGUAUGGCCACCACCAGAAGGUGAACAUGCCCAGAGUGGAUACCAAGGCCCAAAACAUAUGCCAACCGUACAGUGGCCACCUGUGGAGAGCGAGCAACACGAGAUCGAGCAGGUUCAAGUGCUACAAAAGCAUAUCCCAGCAAAGAAAAUGGAAUACCAAUGGCCUCCUCCACCUCCAGUCUACCAGGUGGUUGAGAACGGUGAGGAGCCGGUUGCUGUUGCUAAGGAAACCGUUACAACCACCACCACCACAAAGACUGUAACGAAGGGUCAAGUGGCACCACAAACUCCUACGGCAACCAAAGGACAGGUGGCACAACAAACCCUUACCAAAGAACGUGCGGCACCACCUACUUCCAUGAAGGGGAAUCCCAUGUCACCAACCUUCCCAAAAGCUCAGCCGGUGCCGCCACAAACGGCGCCAAAGCCGGCUCAACGUCAACAACAUACUAUGCGUACAGUGAGGGCCUAGGAUUGACUCGCGAUCAAACCCGAAUGAAGUAAACCCUGUGUUAAAAAUGUAUUAAAUGCUGCGUGAAGCACUUUGUUCGUUUGAGCCAAAGUCAGUAUUUUCUAUCCGUGUUCAUUUCGUAUGUCUACUGUUAAUCGUGGCUUCGUAAAUAGUGUCCUCGUAAUCAACUUGCCUGAAUAAAUCUAUUGUCUGGCAUUUAGAAUCCACAUUUCUCGUCUCUUCAAACAAGC